UCAUCGAAUUUGACUUGGCAUUGGAUGUUGUGGACGAUGUGGAGACGGAGCAUUUUCCGAACCAUUGGCAUCGGUGGCGUUGCACAGUCUGUAUCGCCGGCCGGAAUUUCACUGCGGCAGCUAUCGAGUUCCACGCGAAGGUUCGCGGCUUUAUGGGGCAAUGGCGAUUUCGGCAGGCUAGGGCUUGGGAACUUGGAGUCUAAGUGGAAGCCUACUAUGUGCCCCUUUUUCGAGGACGACCCUCCGAUAGCCAUUUCCUGUGGUGGUGCUCACACGCUCUUCUUGACUGAAAGUGGUCGAGUUUAUGCUACUGGUUUGAACAACUUUGGACAAUUAGGAACAACAACUGCAAAGACGCAUGUCCCAGAACCUUUCCAUAUUUCUGGGUUGGCUGAUAAAGUUGUACAGAUAUCUGCUGGUUACCACCAUUCUGCUGCUGUCACUGGUGAGGGCACAGACACAGAGGAUGGCAAACUCUUCGUCUGGGGAAAGAACUCCUGUGGACAGCUUGGCCUUGGAAAGAGGGCGAAGAGUGUAGUCUCUACACCUACUAGGGUUGACUCUUUGGAUGGUAUCUAUAUUAAAAUGGUUUCAUUAGGCUCUGAGCACUCAAUUGCUGUCACAGCUGAUGGUAAUGUGCUAAGUUGGGGAUCUGGUGUCUCUGGGAAACUUGGUCAUGGUCAUCAAUCGAGCAUUUUGGGAUUCUCAUUUAGCUCAAGUGAAUAUAUGCCAAGGCUAAUCAGGAAUUUCGAAGGCCUUAAGAUCAAAAAGGUUUCUGCAGGAAUGCUGCACUCAGCCUGCAUUGAUGAACGUGGUUCUGUUUUUGUAUUUGGUGAAAAGGCUGUUGGUGUACUGGGUUUUAGUGAAGGAAAGAAGGUUUCUGAACCAUCUGCUGUUGAGAAACUUCCACUCUCAGAGGAAGUUGCCUGUGGGGGUUAUCAUACUUGUAUUGUGACAAACGAUGGAAAACUGUAUGCGUGGGGUUCAAAUGAAAACGGUUGCCUUGGUCUUGGUUGCACUGAUGUGAUACGUUUGCCACAGAUUGUUGAAAGUUCUUUUCUGAAAGCACCAGUAUCUGAGGUAUCAUGUGGGUGGAAGCACACCGCUGUUGUCUCUGAUGGAAAUAUCUUCACGUGGGGCUGGGGAGGUGCCAAUGGCAGUUUUUUUGAAGAGGAACAUUCCUCUGGGGGACAAUUGGGACAUGGAAACGACUUUGACUAUUCCCAACCAAUGUUGCUAAAUCUUGGGAGGAAUGUUCAGGCUUUACACGUGUCAUGUGGAUUUAAUCACAGUGGUGGAAUAUUUGAAUACAGUCAAAAUUGAGGUUGGUCACCAACCAAAACUUACCCACACCCUUCACAUUAUCUAUUCAUUUGUAAAGGCAUGGUAUAAAAUAAUUAUAAUAUUCCUCAUAUUCUCUAUGUUUUUUGUGCAUGUAUAUCAAAGAUAUUCAUCGCCAUGUAAACCCAAGUCUAA